AUGGUUCAUCUUGAAUGUCGAUACUUGUUAGUCUCUUACUCUAGACAUCAAGCAUUAAAAAUGGGUCGAGGUCCUAAGAAGCAUUUGAAACGAUUGGCAGCACCAUCCUCAUGGAUGCUCGACAAGUUGGGCGGGACCUACGCUCCUCGCCCUUCUCCCGGUCCUCACAAGCUCCGAGAAUCCCUCCCUCUCACCGUCUUCCUUAGAAACAGAUUGAAGUACGCUUUGACCGGACGAGAAGUCACCGCCAUUGUCAAGCAAAGACUCAUCAAGGUCGACGGUAAAGUUAGAACCGAUGAGACUUUCCCUGCUGGUUUCAUGGAUGUCAUCACCAUUGAGAAAUCAGGUGAACACUUCCGACUCUUAUACGACAUCAAAGGUCGAUUCACCAUCCACCGAAUCACCCCUGAGGAAGCCACUUUCAAGCUUUUGAAAGUAAAGAAACACCAACUCGGUGCUAAAGGGGUACCUUACCUCGUCUCCCACGAUGGACGAACCAUCCGAUACCCUGACCCAGCUAUCAAAGUCAACGACACCGUCAAAUUCGACUUUGUGCAAAACAAGAUUGUUGACCACAUCAAGUUCGAACCUGGAAAUGUAGUUAUGGUUACCGGUGGACGAAACAUGGGUCGAUCAGGUGUUAUCGUACACAAGGAGAGACAUUUGGGUGGUUUCGAUAUCGUUCACGUUAAGGAUGUUUUGGACCGAACUUUCGCUACCAGACUCUCUAACAUUUUCGUUAUCGGUGAAGGUGCCAAGGCUCAAGUAUCCUUACCUAAGGGCAAGGGUGUUAAGCUUUCCAUCGCCGAGGAGAGAGAUCAAAGAAGAAGACAACGAGCUCAAGAUGCUUAA